CUUUCCUACCAAAGAACUUACCUGAUCGGGGUUAGCCCCCUUUGUGGCCGGAGGUCACGUGUGUCACAUGACCCGAACUUCCCGAUCCUCCGAAGUUGACGGUUUGCACGGCAUCACAUCUUGUCCUGUUCCUCUUCUGAAUUGAACCCUCUCAUCCUCCUCCCACCUUCAAGAUGGUUUUCGCGUGGAAAUCCGCUGGUCUCACCUACAACCGCUACUUGGCCGUCGCCGCUCGCGCGGUCCGCCGAUCUCUCAAGGAUGGCCCUCGCCUCGCAGCUGAGCGCCGUGGACAGAUGGACUUGCGUUUCGCUAAGUGGGAGAACGGCAAGCAGGGUGAUCUCAAGAACCUUGCCGACGUGAACAACCAAGCGAUUGCCGCCCAUGCCGAAUCGAAAUAAACGUCUUUCCGGAAUUGUGAAUGCGAUGAUCUGAAUUGUAUUCUAGACAAUGUUGGGGGGACAUGGUGAAAGUCUGAUGCAGGAAAGGACUGGAUCUCUGUAGCAAUAUUGGCCCGUUGAUCAGGUAUAAAUAGAAAGGAUUGUUUUCCUCCUGCCAUCUCGUGUU